ACAUUGUCGUCCAACUUCAUCUCACCAUGCCCAACAUCCACCGCCCAACACAACGCGCCCCAUUAUCAUGCACAUCAUGCGCAUCCCGAAAAGUGAAAUGCAGCAAAACAAUCCCUUGCCGAGCCUGCAUCAGUAGGGGCACUGCAGCAACCUGCAAACGCGAGGUCGUCGUUGUGCGCGGUCGCGUUCGCACUGCCGACGCCUCGGGUUCCAGUCCCUCGGUUGCCGAACUACUUCUCGAGAAUGCCCGUUUGGCCGAAAUCGUGUCCAGAUCGCAUGGAACUGAUGUUUCCAAUGCCCCUGCUGUCGAUCUGACCGAGUUUUAUGAAAGACGGCUUUAUGAAGAGCUGGGACGUGUGCGGGAACCGAGGACUGUGGCAUCUCUUGCUGACGUCGCGCUGCCUACGGAACAGUGUAGCAACUUUUUUGUUGAAUUCGCUGAUAAAUGGACCUCUUGGGUGCACUUUGCAUUCUUCUUUCCGGACUUCCGGGAUGAGCACGAUCGGUUUUGGAAGCAGGGUGCAUCGUUUUAUACGUACGAUCCGUUGUGGUUGUCCAUCUACUUUGGGGCACUGGCUUCGGCUUUGGGGUUCAUGAGUGACGAGGACUUUGUGCAAAGCGGUGCACCUCUUGAUUCGCGAACUGAUCUGGCUCGAAACUGGUUCCACGCUGCGCUAUUCUACUUGGAUCGAGGGGACUUCCUUCAGGUAUCGCAUGUCAACAUCGUGCGUUCCAUUGUGGUUAUGGGCAAUGUUGCCUCGACUAUAGGCGAAACGCAUCGACAUGCGAAUCUUUGGGCGCUGGCUGUUCGCAUUGCACAGCAACUCAACUUAGGCUCGGACAAGAUGAAUCCAGAGGAGUCGGUAGUGCAGAGAGAAUCGCGAAGACGGCUUUGGUGGACCCUGGUGAUUUGUGAGUGGCUCAUGAUACCACUCCGCACGCCCUGCAUCACCAAUGUGGACUUCACUUGUGAGCUUCCAGCAGAGUUGAAUGACACGGAACUUAUCGACCACAACUACGUAUCGCAAAGUACACCUCGUCCUGUUCAAUAUCACAUCUUCAUGGCUCGAAUAGCAGCCAUCUAUCACCAGUUUCAUGCGAAAAUUCGAUUACGGAGAUGGUCUCCGAGUGGAGUAGCAGACUUUGUCAUACAAGCCGAUGAUGAGCUUGCGGCUAUCAUUGAACAGUUGCCGCGUCAUUUGAGACACGAUGAGGUAGUACCGAACGAGGAACAGAUCACCCUCGAGUCGCAGUUUCCGUGGAUCGCGACCCAGAGAACAAGCUUAGCUAUGGUGCUUCUUUAUUAUCGUCUAGCAAUCAAUCGGAUCUUGCAGGGAUACUGGCUGGAGGGGUCAACGAAUUUCGCACGUGCGCGGUCCGUCUGUCUCUUCUCCGCUAUUCACAUAAUACGUUCAGCGGAUUCUGGUGCUGAGACAUUCAAUCGUCUGAGAUCAUGGGAUUUCGCAAUGUUUAUUUUCUCGGCAACAGUUACUAUAGCUCUAGAAGUGCAAAGAACUGAGACACCGGAUCCGCAGUGUCUUGAGGCAAUUGCUCAAGGUAAACAGCUUUUGGGGAAAGUACAAUUUCAGAACAAAUUGGCGCGAGAGGCGCUGUCUAUACUACAAGAAUUCAAUACGCCUUGAC